GAAACAAAUAGGUAGCAACGUUUUAGCUAGUGCUCUGUGCCGCAGCGUGGAGGAGAGAUAUAGAAACAUGCUCUCACAGUUGAAAAGAUUAUUGUGCGGCUAACGGUCGGCGAGACCGGUCACGAAUUCAGUUUCGGUUCCCCGAAUAAUCGGGAAAACCCUCUAGUCCGCAGUUUUUUAUCCUCCUUUGUUUUUGUUCCAAAUUCCUUCCCUACCGGUUUCGUUUGAAUCUCACGACGCGAGUCAUUCGGUUUCACCGAAAUAGCCAACAACAAGACACCAGCUAUCAGUAGUGCCAGGACAGCUGUUUUCGUGUUUGUCCGAACUCAACUAUACAUAGCAACGCACAAUGAACCGGGACAAAGACUUUAGUAAAAACAAGCACGAAAACCCGAUCUGCAAUGCAUCGUUCCUAUCCCGGAGGACGUUCUGGUGGCUUAAGGAAAUUUUCCGCGCCGGUCAGCAGAAACAAAUCACCGAAGAGUUACUGUACGCAACCCUUCCGGAGCACCGCAGCCACGAGCUGUCAGAUAUGUUCGAGCGCCUCUGGGCCGAAGAACGGGCUCAGGAUCCUAACAAAGAACCCAACCGACAGCAGCCCAGCCUUUUUCGAACACUGUACCGAGCCUACGGGAAUAGAACCCUUUUCUGGGGAUUACUGUUUUCAGUCAUCGAAACGGCCAAUCGUGUGGCCCAGCCACUGCUCCUCGGAGGGUUGCUGUCGUACUUUUCCCCUGGCCAAACCGAAAUCAGCGAACGGGAAGCUUACUACUUUGCGGCAGGAGUCAUCAUUUGCUCGCUCAUUCCGGUGCUCACAUUUCAUCCGUUCAUUCUGUUUAUUUUUGAAAUAGGCAUGAAGGCCAGAAUUGGAUGCUCCUGUCUUAUCUACAACAAGUGUUUGCGGCUCACCAAGUCAGCAACCGGGGCCGAAGGUUUGAGUGGGAAGGUUCUGAAUCUACUGUCCAAUGACGUCGGGAAGUUCGAUGUAGCUUUGGCCUUUGUGCACGAUCUCUGGAAGGGUCCCAUGGAGUCGAUUCUGCUGGGCUAUUUAAUAUACAGGGAGAUCGGCAUUUCCGGAAUAAUUGGCAUGUCGUUCUUGCUCGGUUUCAUCCCCCUGCAGGCUUACAUCGGCAAAAAGACGGCAACCUAUCGGUUGCGAGCAGCGAAACGAACAGACUUACGGAUUCGCUUCAUGAACGAAAUCAUCCAGGGCAUCCAGGUGAUCAAGAUGUACACCUGGGAGAACUCGUUUGCCAAAAUGGUGGAAAAGGUACGACGCAAGGAGAUCAACGCCAUUCGUGGGGGAGCGUACGUUCGGGCCACGCUGAUUUCGUUCUCGAUCGUUUCAAGGGUGUCGCUAUUCCUCAGCCUGCUAGCCUACACCCUGUCCGGGGAGUUUAUCACCGCCCGGAAGGUGUUUAUCGUGAGCAGCUUCUAUGCGAUUCUAAACGAUUCGAUGGUGCACUUUUGGCCGAUGGCCAUCACCUUCUGUACGGAAGGUUUCAUCUCAGUGAAGAGGGUUCAAGAAUUUUUGCUAACUCCAGAAGGGAAAGAGCGAGUAGGAGACUCUGGAAGCUUUAAAUCAACAGUUGAGCCAGAGAAGGACGGAGAAAAGAAGGAAAAGAGCAAUGGUGCCGUGGUGAAUGAUACUGAGCGAAUGCUUGUUGCAAAAAGGAUAGUUAAUGAGAAUAGUGAAAAGAAGGGAAUAGUUUUGGAUGGUGUGACGGCUAGAUGGGUGGUUAGUGAAGAUGAAUCUAAUGUCGGCAUAGAAAAUGUAAGCACUACAGUUGAACAGGGUCGAUUGUGUGUAGUGAUUGGUCCGGUGGGAUCGGGGAAAACAACACUGUUGAACGUGAUACUUGGAGAACUGGAUAUCGAUGAAGGAUCUUUACUGGUUAAUGGAAAUCUGAGUUAUGCAGCCCAAGAGCCGUGGUUGUUUGAGGGCAGCGUGAGGAAUAAUAUCCUAUUUGUGGAAGAGUAUGAUGAACAACGUUACUUAGAAGUUGUCCGAGUGUGUGCCUUAGAACGGGACUUCCAGCUAUUCCCACAUGGUGACCAAACUAUCGUUGGAGAGCGUGGUAUAAGUCUUAGUGGAGGCCAGAAGGCCAGAGUGAAUUUGGCACGAGCCAUUUACAAGAAAAGCGAUGUCUACCUACUGGAUGAUCCAUUAUCGGCAGUAGACGCCCAUGUAGGAAAGCACAUUUACGAAAUGUGCAUACGAGACUUUUUAGCUGAUAAGGUAUGUGUUCUGGUAACACAUCAACUGCAGUAUUUGAAAGACGUGCAACACAUAAUUCUUAUGAAUACCGGGACAAUAGACGCACAGGGUAGUUAUCAUGAAAUCAAGAGAACUAAACUGGAUUCGAUUCUAGCUUUAACUCCAGACGAAUCGCCAUCCGAAAACAAAUUUGAUAAGGAAUUUGAAAAGCAAACUGCACAAACCGAACAGGUUGAUCUGUUCAAUGAGAAGCAAGAAGAAGAACAGGAAACUCAAGGGGAAGGGCAGGUCAGUUUUUCGGUUUAUAAGACUUACAUUGCAGCGAUCAACAGUUGUGGUUGGGUCUUUUUCAUCUCGGCGCUCAUAGUAUUAACCCAAGUGGCUGUCAGCAGUGUAGAUUUCUUCGUGGCACAAUGGGUCAAUUGGGAAGAAUCGCUCGGCCACAACAACAGCGUAGUGUUCUUGAAAGAAAAUCAAACCAUAGAAGAUCUUUUGGAUUUUAACGUGUUGCGUCAAGCAAUGGCUGAGUCAAAUCAUGACGAAGAACGGCAGCAGUAUAUUGUGAUAUACUCCAUACUGAUAGGAGUGUUCAUCUAUCUAACUUUACAAAGGACGUUUUCGUUCUUUUACGUGUGCUUGAGAAUAUCGAUCAAUUUGCAUGAUCGUAUGUUCCGAGGUUUGACACAUGCUACGAUGUCUUUCUUCAACAAUAAUCCCUCGGGGCGGAUCCUGAAUCGAUUUUCCAAGGAUAUCGGAGCAAUAGAUUCCACGCUUCCAAUGUCACUGAUCGACUGCCUGAAGUUUUUCCUGGAGAUGAUUGCAGUAGUAGCACUGGUUUCGAUCGUCAACUAUUGGUUUCUUCUACCAACGUCGAUAAUUGCGGUUCUAAUGUUCUUCAUUCGUCGGGUUUAUUUAAAUGCUUCUCGGCCGGUGAAGCGGAUUGAGUCGGUGAAUCGUUCACCAAUAUUCUCGCACACGAAUGCAACCCUACAAGGAUUGUCGACGAUUCGAGCCUUCCAAGCUCAGAAAGUUCUGUGUUGGGAGUUCUCGCAGCAUAUGGAUAUGAAUACUGCCGCGUGGUACAUUUUUAUCACAACUACGCGUGCCUUUGCUCUGUGGUUGGAUUUCAUAUGUGUGAUUUACAUAGCCGUCGUAACUUUAAGCUUUUUGGUUAUGGGUCAAGACGCUCUGGGCGGAAGCGUUGGGUUGGCCAUCACUCAGACCAUAAGUUUGAUCGGAAUGUGCCAGUGGGGUAUGCGACAAUCGGCUGAACUCGAGAACCAAAUGGUAUCCGUGGAACGAGUCAAUGAGUACACGAAUCUUCCAGCUGAACCUCCCAUGGAAACUGCUCCCAAGUAUAGACCACAGCGAAACUGGCCGGAGAAUGGAGUUAUUAAGUACAACAAUGUGGACUUGAGAUACACGGAGGAUGGUGAUCGAGUGUUGAAGGAUCUGAGCUUCGUCAUACAGUCGAACGAAAAGAUUGGCGUUGUCGGUAGAACGGGAGCAGGAAAAUCUUCACUGAUUCAAGCUCUGUUUCGAUUAGCUCCCUUCGAGGGAGCGAUUGAGAUCGAUGAUAUCGACACCAAGACAUUGGGGCUGAAGGAUUUGAGGAGCAAGAUAUCGAUCAUUCCACAGGAUCCGAUAUUGUUUUCCGGUACGCUGCGCAGCAACCUUGAUCCGUUUGAAGAGAAGAGCGACGAAGAACUUUGGAACGCUUUGGAGCAGGUCGAAUUAAAGGAAUCAGUUUCAUCGCUGGCAGGUGGUUUGGAGUGUAAAAUGUCCGAUGGUGGAAGUAACUUCAGUAUGGGACAACGUCAACUAGUUUGUCUAGCGAGAGCGAUUCUCAGGAAUAAUAAAAUCUUGGUUCUAGAUGAAGCAACUGCCAACGUUGAUCCUGAAACGGAUAAACUGAUCCAGAACACAAUUCGGCAAAAGUUCUCUGACUGUACGGUGUUGACUAUCGCUCAUCGUCUACAUACGGUUAUGGAUAGCGAUCGGGUACUGGUUAUGGAUGCAGGCCGGGUUGUAGAGUUCGGACACCCUCACGAGCUUUUGCAUGGUCCGAUAGGAUACCUGAGACGAUUGGUCGAGCAAACGGGAGUAGCAACAGCAGCUACACUGAUGCGAAUAGCUGACGAAAAUCACAAGAAACUCAAGAAUCAAUAGUACUUAGUGAAGAGGAGCUUUUUAUGAGGAAAGCGAACGUGCUUAAUUUUUCUUUUAAACCAUUCUCCGACAACAAAUUAGGCUAGGCUGUUAGCCUUAUAUAAAACAUAGGAACAAAAUGACUAACAAAUGAAAUA